GGGCGUCCACGACUCAGCCGUUAUUUUAUGGUUUCUCUUAAUGUAGCUACCAAAGUAAACACAGCGUACGAUAGUAGCCCAGCUAAUUUUAUUAAGAGUGUGUUUUACGGCCAAGAAUUUAGUCUACUGUGCUUGUGGGAGCUUUUCUUAAUUCCGUAGGCCACUAGUUUGCUGCUCAGCUAACCUUAGUUGUUAGCAUUUCGCUAACGUUAUGCUAGCAGUGUUUGUGUAAGCUCUGGAGCCUAGAGAGCGCACUCACUGAUACACCUCUGACCUUGGCGGCCUCCGGUCAUUCCCCUUCUCCACUUUACCACCAUGACGCAGUUGGACUUUCUUUCAUCACUGCCACUGGGGCCGAAUACAAACCGCCAGCGGCCGUUGGAGGAGGGAUUUUGGGCUGUUCGCCCUGGGUUAGGUGGUCAGAUCAGUGUCCCGGCAGACCAGCUGAUGCAUCUGUGGUACAAUAAGUUUUUCCCAGCCACAGUCGGCAGUGGAUGCUGAUAACAAAGUUCAACAGGUCUAAUGUAAUCUGUGCCUGGGCUGACAGACAGACGGAGGUGGUAUAAGAGAGCUGUGUGUGUGUGUCUAUGUGUGUGUGUGUGUGUGUAUCUACAGACUGACAUCAUGAUGCGAGCGCUGGCUCUCCUGCUGCUUCAGGUGGCAUAUGUUUUUGGAUGUGGUACGCCUGCUGUCAAGCCUGACACCAACAGGGUGGUGAAUGGAGAGGAUGCUCGCCCCCAUAGCUGGCCUUGGCAGAUCUCCCUGCAGGUGAAGCACGGCAGCCGCUACCAUCACACUUGUGGAGGGACUCUGAUUGGACCUCGCUGGGUGCUGACUGCCGGACACUGCAUCUGGCCAGGAGAUGUGUACCGUGUGGUCUUGGGAGAGCACGACAUGAGCCAGCAGGAGGGCACAGAGCAGAUCAGAGAUGUUCUGCGCAUCGUCGUCCACCCCAAGUGGGACAUUGACUUUGUGGCUGAUGGAAACGAUCUCGCCCUGCUGAAACUGGAUAAGAGCCCCAUAAUGAAUGACAGCGUCGGCGUGGCUUGUCUUCCUGAGGCUGGAGAGAUCCUCGCCCAUGGGACCCCGUGUUAUAUCUCCGGCUGGGGCAACCUUUACACACACGGCCCCAUGCCUGAUAAGCUGCAGCAGGCCUUGCUGCCCGUGGUGGAGCACAGCGUGUGCAGCCGCAGCGACUGGUGGGGCAUCAACGUCAAGAGCACCAUGGUCUGUGCAGGAGGAGACGUCGUGUCUGGAUGCAAUGGAGACUCUGGCGGUCCUCUCAACUGUUUGGGCCAGGAUGGUCGCUGGUACGUCCAGGGUGUCACCAGCUUUGUUUCCUCUCGUGUCUGCAAUGAAGUGAAGAAGCCAACCGUCUUCACUCGCACCUCCGCCUUCACAGAUUGGCUCAGUGACGUCAUGCUGCAAUACUGAGGAACAACUGGACACCAGUUUAUCAAUAAUGAGGUCUCAAAUCCAAAUAUUUUCUCUAUUAAUUUUUAGUUUCACAUGAGCGUCAGAUAGAAC